UGGUACUCUACUCUAAUAGCAGUGAAAAAACACGUGUCAAUUAGAAAGAAAAAAAAGGAAACCUCAGGGCUGCUUUCUUCAUAUCUUCUUUUUCCUUCUCUUUAUGUACAAUUUAGUCUUAUGAGUGGACCGAGAAAGACCGACUCUUUCAAUAAAACUAUCCAUAGGUUGUCUGUUCAAGAUGGCAACUCGGCAAGUCAUCGCAAUAUUCCACAACACAACAAGAGUUCGUCAAAGAAGCCAACACGAAUAGCAAGGCCAAGCAAAAGUGAAACAACCCGUAUAGAGAAUACAAGUAAUAGGCGUAUGGCUUCUGUUUCCUCACAGUCAAGUAUCAAGGCAGAUCAAGCGGAUUUAUUACCAACCAAAUUACGAGUGGCAUUUGCGGACGUGAUUGAAACGCCGUCUUCUUUAGCUGAUGAUGAGUUGAUUGCUUCAAUCAAAAGCCAUAUUGAUGCACAAGCAAUGCGCAUUAGACGACUAGAAAGAGCACUUGAAAAAGACCAAGUGAAUGACAAACAAAAUGCCAUUACUUUCUUACUAUCCAAAUAUCCUGAAGCCAUGUCUCUUUACCGAAAACAAGUAGAACAAGAACAAUAUGAACAACAAUUAAGAUUAUGCAUAGACCAAUUUGAAGCUCAAAAGCAACACAUGAUUACUGAAUAUCAAAGGAACUUUGAGAUACUAAAGUCAAAAUAUAGAAGUCGGUUUGACGAUAUUGUAGAGCGAAUGAUCAGUGAUCCUUCUAGACUUGAUGAUGAAUGGGCCAGAAGAGUACAAAAAGACGCAGAUGACAGAAUUGAAGAGUUUAAACGAAGAUUUUUGUUAAAGCAAAAAAUGAAUCGUAUAUGAGUUUAACAAUGUAAUAUAGAAUACUAAUCCUAAUAAACAUAUUUAUUGAAUCUUAAA